CCCUCGGCCGCCACAUCAACCCAUGCCGAUGCCAAAGAUGAUGCCUGACAACCAGUAUCCAUCUGAACCAAGGUUUCAGAGACAGCUGUCCGAGCCCUGCCACCCCUUCCCUCCUGGCGACAGUCGUCCAGGCUACCACCGCCAGAUGUCGGAGCCCCUGGUCCCUGCGGCUCCCCCCCCUCCUCAGGGAUUCAAACAGGAGUAUCCGGACCCUCUCUACGAGCACGGCGUGCCGGGCAUCCCCGGAGUGCCGGCGCACGGCUACCAGUCGCCGAUGGGCAUCAAGCAGGAGCCCAGGGAUUACUGCAUCGAUUCAGGUUUUUCAUGUGAAAAAGAUCCUCGAUUAUACUUUGAUGAUACAUGUGUUGUACCAGAAAGACUAGAGGGCAAAGUCAAACAGGAGCCCACCAUGUACCGAGAAGGGCCCCCUUACCAGAGACGAGGCUCCCUCCAGCUGUGGCAGUUUCUGGUUACUCUCCUCGAUGACCCAGCCAAUGCCCACUUCAUUGCCUGGACAGGCAGAGGGAUGGAGUUCAAGCUGAUUGAACCAGAAGAGGUUGCUCGACGAUGGGGCAUCCAAAAGAACCGACCAGCCAUGAACUAUGACAAGCUUAGCCGCUCUCUGCGCUAUUACUAUGAAAAGGGCAUCAUGCAGAAGGUGGCCGGGGAGCGGUACGUCUACAAAUUCGUCUGCGAUCCGGACGCUCUCUUCUCCAUGGCCUUUCCAGACAAUCAGCGCCCCUUCUUGAAGGCCGAGUCCGACUGCCCCCUGAACGAGGAGGAGACUUUACCCCUGAGCCACUUCGAGGACAACCCCGCCUACCUCCUCGACAUGGAUCGCUGCACCGGCCUCCCCUACGCCGAAGGCUUCGCUUACUGAGGGGCCCAGUCGGCCGCUCUCGUGCUAGCUUUAGCGGUUCCCAUUCAGGCAAAUGAAGGCAGUGAUUUUCUUUGAUGAUUAUUGUUAUUGGUUGUUGGGGUGGGGGGGUUGUUUUUUGUUUUUCGCCAUUCCCAAAGCUUGCCCCCGAGUGUUCUGGGGGCCUUGGCCUGGAUGGGCCCUCUCGAAGGAUCCUGGCCAGGGAAAUGGAAGCAGGAGGAGGACUCCCAGGGCGGCCGGAACCUCCGCCGCCCCCCUAGAGAGGCCGGGGAAGAGGACGCCGGGGGAGUUCCCGCUCCUGCCGGGCACCUCCGGGCGGGUGUGCACCCAGCAGGACCUCGGGGAGAGCCUGGGUCGGAGAACGCCGCCGAGACAAUCGCUUUGCCUCCGUAGAGACUCUUCGUCAUCUUCAUGUUCCAUUCAGAUCGCUCUAAUUUGCACAAAUAGUGAAUUGAAAAGAAAUUCUACUGACCGAAAACCAUCCGGGCUCCCCCGAGGAGUUCGGAGUCAGAGAAGCGGAACCCCACAGCCCCGGAGGCCUGAGACGCAAGACUCCCCCCACCACGAAGACUCCCCAAUUUCUCUUGGUUGAGAAAAAGGAGCCACGAUCGGGGCAACAUCGGCCGCUUCUCCACUCCGGCCCUCGACUCUUCCCCCGGAGCUCCUGCCUUUCGGCUCCGCCGCCUCUGGUCCUCCUCCCGUCCCCAGGCUCUGC